UCCGCUACCAGGCGCUCUGCUUCCGGGGCCUGCGCGGCAGUUGAAAGAGUGGCGCGAGGAGUGGCAGGGAAUUAAUUUGAUAGCACAUAUUGAUGGCUCUAAAGAGGUCCUCACUCUCACUGGAUUCUAGUGAGAGUGACUCUGAAGAGUUGCCAACAUUUGCCUUCCUGAGGAAGGAACCAUCUUCAACAAAGAGGAGACAGCCACAGAGGGAGGAGAAGAUUGUUGUGGUUGACACCUCAGAUUCUGAGGCCUCCUGUCCUCCAUCACCACGGUUGAAAGAUGCACCACCCACCCCAGACACAGCUGAACCUGUCACACAGACAGAGCCUGUCAGGGUGCUAAGCAGUGGAAGUGAGGAUGAAGAAGAAAUCCUUCCCCUGGCUCAGAGGCUUAUGUGUAAGUUUCUGGCCUGCAAGCAGCUGAGCCCUGAGGAUUCUAGUUCUCCGGUUAAAAGGGUAUGGGAUCAUCAAAAUAAUGAAGGAGCAUCGUGUGACUGGAAAAAACAACCCUUUCCAAAGGUCCCUGAUGUUCCCCUCCAUGACACCUCAGAGAGACAUGCAUCAAAUAACAAGGACCCUGCAGGAGAUAAUCCAUGCCAUCAGCUUCCAGCCUUUAAAGCUUCCUGUCCUAUCCAGAACAGCAGCUUCACUAUAACUGAAACAAAUGCUGAGGUCCUCCCACUUCAGAAGAGAACCAAGUGUAGCCAGAAGGUCCGGAGGAGAGGCUCGCAGGGAUGCCAGCCGCGGGGACAAGCGAGCCAGAAGGAAAACACUGUGAGACAACAGGAGGAGAAGAAGAAGGCAGCAGCACGGGUUAACAGGGUGAAAGCUCAGAGGCCUGAGGAAUGCCUAAAGCACAUCGUCGUUGGGCUGGAUCCAGUGCUUUUGCAGAUGGAAGGUGGAGGCCAGCUGCUCGAGGCACUGCAGGCCAUGGAGUGCCGCUGUGUGAUCGAGGCGCAGGCCAUGCCCCGGAGCAUCACCUGGAGGAGAAGGGCCGAGCCAGCUGAGGUAGAUGGAGAGGAAGACUGGGUGGAGGAACCCGUGGUCCUGGCACUGCUCCCGGCAGAGGCAUUCGUAUCCAUGGUCUACAACUUUAAGCAGGGAAGUCUGGGUGACGCUGAGAAGGGGAAGGAAACUCUGCGGAGCUUUGUCACUGACGCCACAGCAAGGACAGCUGGGAAAGCUCUGUCACUGGUGAUUGUGGAUCAGGAGAAGUGCUUCAGUUCCAGUGUUCCAAAUCCUCCCAGAAGAAGGAAGCAGGGAGCGGCAAAUAGAGAACAGGCCAAGGAGAAGCAGCAGGGACAGCCAGAGGCCAAUGCAGGGCGCACCGUGUCCAGAGUAGAUGUGGAAGAGGCAUUGGUGGAUCUACAGCUGUACACACAAGCCCAGGCCCGAAUCGUGCAGAACUGGAAAGAGCUGGCCGACUUCGCGUGCGCAUUUACAAAGGCGGUGGCCGAAGCGCCUUUCAAGAAGUUCCGAGAUCAAACUAGUUUUUCCUUCUGCCUGGAGAGUGACUGGGCUGGAGGGGCAAAGGUAGACCGUGCCGGCAGGGGGCUCGCGCUGGUCUGGAGGCGGCAGAUUCAGCAGCUGAACCGAGUCAGCCUGGAAAUGGCCAGUGCCAUUGUGGACACCUAUCCAUCCCCCCAGCUGCUAGUCCAGGCUUAUAGACGGUGUCUUUUGGAGCAAGAACGCCAGAAUCUGCUUGCAGACAUACAGGUGCGCCGUGGGGAAGGCGUGACAUCCACCUGCCGCCGCAUUGGACCAGAGCUAUCCAGGCGGAUCUACCUUCAGAUGACCACCCUGCAGCCAGAUCUCUCUUUAGACACUGCAGACUGAUGCCAGUCCUUGGGGACAGGGAUGAAAAGCUGGAGAUUUCUACCUCACCCAGCUCAGAAGAGGACCACAGGAAGAGACUGGAAGCACUUCCUAAAGCACAAGCCUGAUCAGGCUCAAACCUACUUCCUGGGUGUCCCAUGUCUGCAGCAGUCCCCACCCCACCCCCAUCACCUUGAGACAGACAGCUGAGAUACUGGUGUUCCCCUUCCCAAGCACCUAAUGUCCCUCUCCCAGUGAACUCGGCUGCCGUACACCAAUCACCCUGCCCUAGCAGCCAUCAAGACACAAAUGAACAAAGACCAACCACUCAGACACGUAUUUAAUGAUUGUAGAAAUCCAGAAGAACCUCAGCUUCAAAUCUUGAGAUCACAAGUGAACUUCCCUCAGCAGGCUGGCUGGCUGGGGCUGAGCAUGCCCUGCCUUCCUCUCACCCACUGAGGCCACCUCAGCUGGCCCCUGUGCAGGGGUCUCCUCCCUAUGCUAACUUCCCUGCCCUCUUUCUCUCAUUUUACGCACUAUGUAGUUUCAAUAAAGCAUUUGUACCACUGGCUCUGGA